AAAAGUGCAAUUUAUCAACGGAUUCGGAACAACGUGGAUAAUUUAUCCAUGCUUCACAGUUUUAUUACGUUGUUUUAAGAAAAUGGGUUACCCAAUGACCCUGUUCCGAACUCAAUCCCACGCCUCGAAUCUUUGCUACAACCCAUCAUUCCGUGAUUCUGUGGUCUGUCUUCUCAUCUGUCGUCCAAAGAAGACAACAAGACAACUGCAUGUCACCGAGUAUUGCAUAAUAGCACAAACAACAUCUCUGGAGAGCAAGUAGAAAGCUAUCAUACUACUAACUAGCUAGCGAUUAGUUAGGGAAAUACCAGAACAAGGGUUCGCCAUGGACACCAACGAGGUAGACGUCUACAACAGUGCAAUCGGCUGCAUUGAGGACAUGAGAAAGCAGCAGUCUGAAGCCAAAGCGGCGAAUGAGUCUAUCACAAGCCCAAAUGUGGUAGUAGUGGACCCCAACGAACCCCAAAAUGAGGCAAUCGCACACGAUGCGGCAACCACAGGCCGAGCGGCAGAGCAGGAACUGGUUGUGGCGCGUGUCCUCCUUGCCUAUCUCCAACAAAAGGAUCCAGCCGUCUUUCAAAAAGCCAAAGCCAUUGUGACGGACGAUUAUCACGCUUGGCUCGAGCAACAGUCCGUUUCCAGCAGCGAGAUGGCACAGCUCAAGGCAAUAAUUGGAGAAUCCUACUGGAAUCGAGCCAAACGACACCUAAAACAACAUGUGCAGCAGACCAGUGAAAACAAGAACCAAAAGACAACAGCAGCAAGUUUGAAGAAACCUCCUCCCCCUGCUUCCCUGAAACCGUAUGCCACUACCAGAGCUACCGGUACCAUUACUCCUCCUGCUCCUACUCUUGUUCCUACUACUCCUGUUCCUAUUGCUCCUAUUGCUCCUGUUCCUAUUGCUCCUACUACUCCUGUUCCUAUUGCUCCUACUCCUACUACUCCUGCUGCUGUACCACUGGGAGAAGAUACACUGCAUGAGCACAAUGGAGAGUACUAUCCCGUGUUUGCUCACAUACUCCUGCGAUACUUGGAGGCACAGAAUAAGGGCUUGUGCAAGGUCGCCAAAGAUAUCGUCAAUGAUUGCAUGCAACGGAAUCAGCGCAAAGAGGAAGGAUACGAAUCCGUCACUGCCAGUGUGCGAGCAAAAGUCAAGACAGAAAUUGGUGACUUUUAUUGGAGACAGGCCGAAGUCAUAUAUGAGCGCUAUCAGCAGCAGCAACAACAACAACAAAACAAUAAUAAGAGCAACAGCACAAAAGACCCCUUGUUCGCCAUACCACCACCGCCGCGUGUAUCCGGGGAAAAACGCAAAGUCUCAUUCAAGACGAUAUAUCCGCGACAAUCGACCACUGCUUAUCAUGCAUGUAAUACUAUCAUGGAAGAAGAAGAAGAGGAUCCUUUUGAUCCCACUCCGGUCGAUAAACUACGACGUCUUCCGCCACCUUGUGAUGAACCAGACAUGGAAGGAUUCGAUUAUUCGUAUUUUGGUGGUCUCUAAUACUGAUACAGUACACACUCUUCCGCAUCCAUCGUCAUAUGCAUCAUGCCAUCAUCAUCAUGCCACUCAACCAUCACCAUCCGCAUCACGCCACCCAUCCAUCACGCCAUUCAUCGUGCCACCCACCCAACAUAUCAGCAUCAUCAAGCCAUCAGCAUCACGCCAUCCACCCAACCAACUCCAUCAUCGCCACCAUCAUGCCAUUCAUCACCCAUUACCCGGAAUACACAUCCGCAGCCAUCCAUCAUGCCACCCGCCCAACACCAUCAUGCCACCUACCCAACAUCAUCAGCAUCACGCCCACCCAACACAAUCACCAUCAUAAUAACUCUUAUCACUCAUUACUCGGAGUACAUUGUUGAAACUAGCUAGCAAGUGUAGCAAGCAGAGAUAUUGUCCUGGCAUUUGUCAGCACAAUUCAAUUAAUUCAAUUCAGCAAAUUCAGGGUAAUAGCAAAAGUUGCUACCAUCAGUCCACAUCCAUGUACUAGUAGUGUCAUGCGUUGCUUUUCCGUAGCAACCAAGCCAGAACCAGGAGGGACAUUCUAGUCGAUCUGUCUGGGCUGGUCUUGUCUUGCCGGCUAAGGUUGUUCUGAAAGGUGGUGAUGUGUGGUGUGCCAGUCCCUGUGGAGAGGAUUAGAAUUGCUUUUCCUUCCAAGAAGAGAUUCACAAUGCUGCACUGGAACUAUUACAACAAGUAAGUGGCAAUAUCUGUUGAAAGAGUUGGGAUGAUGUGGCCACUGCCAUUCAGUAGUGUGGGAUGAUUUGCAGCAGCUUUGUGGUAUAUUAGAAGAUGGAGGUGUCCAUAAUGAAGUAAUAUAUCUCGCAAUAUUGAGUGCAUAUUGCUGUCCAGGGAGCGAGCAGCA